GCAAGAAAGGAAGACGCGUCCUUUGAUCACAGACAGAGUGAAAGAAGAAGAAGAAGAAGAAGAUCCAUGGCUUCUCUUCCAUCCGGAGCCUCAUCUCUCAUGCUUAAGGCUCCCCUGGGAUCAGGAACAGGAGUUCAAGAGCUGUCUAAGAAGGAAUGUGCAGAGAGUACUGGAAUUCAAGAGCUGCAUGUUUAUGAGAUGAACGAGCGAGACAGGAGCAGCCCUGCCUAUCUUCGUCUCAGCCAGAAACAAGUCAAUUCGCUCGGUGAUCUGGUGCCCUUCAGCAACAAGAUUUACAGUGGAAACCUGGAGAAGCGACUGGGUAUCAGCGCAGGUAUCUGCAUCCUGAUACAACACGUACCGGAGAAGAAAGGCGAUCGAUACGAGGCCAUCUACAGCCUCCACUUCGGAGACUACGGCCACAUCUCUAUCCAAGGACCUUACCUGACAUACGAGAACACGUACUUGGCAGUAACAGGAGGCUCGGGUGUAUUCAAAGGAGCUCGUGGACAAGUGAAGCUUCACCAGCUGAUCUUCCCAUUCAAGAUCUUCUACACCUUCUAUCUCGAAGGCAUUCCACCACUGCCUGCUGAGCUGCUUGGGGAACCAGUCCCUCCUUCACCCGCAGUGGAACCUACCCCUGCAGCUAAGGCCACAGAGCCCCAUGCCACCAUCCCUAACUUCACCAACUGAUUGGAUCUUUAUCACGGCUAGUUAGUUCUUCGGUCUUAUAGGAGACAUAGCUCGAUGUAUGUUUUCUGGUCAUUUGUUUGAAGCCCUUGUUGAAUUGGUUGAUUGUGCCUUGGAGUCAUGUUCUGUAAGCAAGAUUUGGUCAUUCAAUUGUAGUACAAAAUUAGUGUAUCUGUUUGUGCGGCUACGAAUAAAGGUCUUU